AUGGGCUCGCUGGGGAAGAGUGUGACUCAAUAUCCGAAGCCACUUAAGCUUUCAGGAGUCCUUGAGAAAUUCUCAUAUGAUGAUAGCACGCCAGCUAUCGGUCGAGAGUUCAACAAUGUGAACAUUGUAGAUGAUAUUAUCAACGCCCAGAAUGCUGAUGAGUUAAUCCGCGACCUGGGAAUUACUAUUGCUCAACGCGGUGUUGUUUUCUUCCGCGCACAAAACAACUUGACAGAUGAUCAGCAGAAAUUUUUGAUCCAGAGGCUGGGUGAGCUUACUGGCAAGCCUGCUGAGUCGAGCCUGCAUGUCCACCCUAUUCUGAACGAAACAUCCGAGUUCGGUGUAGGAGACAGGCACAUUAGCACAAUCAACUCAGUCCACCGCAAGAAGGUAUACAGCGGAGACAAGGAUGCCAACAAGCAUAGUCAGCAAUGGCACUCGGAUAUCCAAUUCGAGAAUGUGCCUCCAGACUUCUCAUCCCUACGACUGACGCUACUGCCUAAGAAUGGUGGUGACACCCUCUGGGUCAGCGGCUACCACAUUUACGACCGUCUAUCAACUCCGUACCAGAAAUUUCUCGAAGGCCUGACGGCGACCUACAUCGCCAAUGGUCUCUUAUUUCACAACGACAGAAUCUUCGAGGGACCGCGUGGCAACCCGAAGAACGUCGGCAAGACUUUCGCAGCCGUUCACCCCGUCGUACGCACCAACCCAGUUACGGGAUGGAAGAGCAUCUACGCGGCGGCGGCGUUUCCCAAGUACAUCAACGAGCUGAAUGAGAAUGAGUCGCAGGCGACCAUCAAGCUGCUAACCCAGACGCUCAUAGAAAACCAUGACUUCCAGGUGCGCUUUAAGUGGAAGAACGAAAACGACUUUGCUAUCUGGGAUAACCGUAGCACGUUCCACACUGCGACCCAUGACUAUGACAGGCUAGGCGAGCGAGACGGCCACCGCGCCGUAGGUAUUGCAGAGGUACCGUACCUUGACCCUAACAGCAAGUCAAGGCAGAGGGAUUUGUACGGAGAGGAGUAG